AUGAAUUUAACUGAUCUGAAAAAAUGUAUGAGAGUCGCUAUAUUGGAUGAAUUGGAUCAUAAAAAUCUGGAUCUUGAUGUUCCUUAUUUUGCCAAUUGUCCGAGUACGACUGAAAUGUUGGCAGUUUUCAUAUGGAAUAAUAUACAAAAGCACUUGCCAAAGGGCAAGUAUGAAUUAUAUGAGGUAAAAAUUCAUGAGACCGAGAAUAAUGUUGUCAUAUUUCGAG